ACCGAGAUUAUUUCCUUCCAUUAAAUAAUAUUAGUUGUUAUGAUUCCGUAUUUUCUAGACUCCAGUUCAAAUAGCAUUAAAACUAUUGAUGUGGUGCAUUGAUUUUACAAAUAUUUUAAAAUUGAAAGAAAAGGGGAUUAACUAUUUAACCUACUGUCGCCAAUAUGUAAGUAAUUAACUAAUCAUUGUAUUGUCGAAGUAAUUUUAUCCAUUAUGGAUGAACAUAGUUUAGAAAGUCUUGUAGAAACAUUCCGAUGUUUUAUUUGUACAGAUAAACUGAAAGAUGCACACUUGUGUCCUCAUUGCUCAAAACUGUGUUGUUACAUUUGCAUAAGAAGAUGGCUUACCGAUCAAAAAUCGGAGUGUCCACACUGCAGAACAUCCUUGCUUCUGUACGAAUUAGUAAAAUGUCGAUGGGUUGACGAAGUUACUAAACAGCUGGAUUCAUUUCAAUUAGUAGAUGCAGAGAAGAGAAAUGCAUCGGAAAAAGAGAUUUGCAAAACUCAUCAAGAAAAUCUUAGUGUGUAUUGUUGGAAUUGCAAGCAGUGCAUCUGCCACCAGUGUGCACUGUGGGAAGGAAUUCACUCUGGCCAUGAGUUUAAACCUCUUGAGGAAAUUUAUGAAGAGCAUGUAAUUCAAAUUAAAGAAGAAUUUGUUCGUUUGAAGCGACGUUUGGAUGAACUGAUUGGUUUAGUUCAAGAAGUUGAAAGGAGUGUUGAGCAUGUAAGAGCUUCAAGAGAUGAAAGAGUUCGGGAAAUACAUCAUGCUGCUGAGCAUAUGAUUUCUCGACUGAAUGCUCAACUGAAAACCAAACUCUUUACACUCAUGGCUAAAAAAAAUUCACUUUCUCAAGAAACGGAACAGCUAGAAACUAUUUUGAAGAGUGUUGAACAACAGUUAAAUACCUGCAGUAAAAGUCAAUUGAUUAUUCAGAGCAACGAGAUUCUUCAGAACAUGGCUGAAAUUCAGAAUAAACCCAUGAAUUGUUUCAUUACUGCUGCUGUUCCAACAUAUUUCCCAAGUGAAAUAGUGCCAGAAUACGAUGGAAGUACUUUUGUGAUGCAAAAUUUUAGUGUUUUGCAACAAAGAGCUGAUCCAGUGUACAGCCCUCCUUUGCAUGUGUGUGGUCAAACAUGGCGACUUAAAGUUUAUCCUGAUGGUAUUCAUGCUGUCCGAGGCAACUAUUUAUCUGUUUUUCUAGAAUUGUCGGCAGGCCUACUUGAGACAUCCAAAUAUGAGUACAGAAUUGAAAUGAUCAAUCAGGCUUCGAGAGAUCCGUCAAAAAAUUUUGAUCGAGAAUUUGCUUCUGAUUUUUACGUUGGUGAGUGUUGGGGUUAUAAUCGUUUCUUCAGGUUAGAUCUUCUUGCAAGUGAAGGCUAUUUAAAUACCGAAAACGAUACUUUAAUUCUACAAUUUCAAGUACGUGCACCAACUUUUUUCCAAAAAUGUAGAGAUCAGAUCUGGUAUAUAAACCAAUUGCAGACAGCUCAAACUCAGUAUAUUACCCAAAUAAACAAUUUAAAAGAGCGAUUAGCUAUUGAACUGUCAAGAAAUCAAGAAGAUUUGGUUGCUACAAAUGAUACAGGUAUAGAAAUUCCAAUAUUAAAGCGGGCAUCUACUUCUACUGGUGUUUCAACAACUCCUGAAAAUGUGUCUGAUGUAACUACAUCGUCGUUAUUAUCACCUACCUUUGGGUUUUCUUCUCCAGUACAACCUAUCUCUAAUUUUAUGCCAUUUUCAAGCAAUUUGUAUUUGACAUCGCUUAUUAGUAAUUCUUUUGUAACAUUUAAAAAUAAAAAUAUUAAUGAUGAAGGCAUCAACAAAUCUUUAGAAAAGAGCAUUGAUAGUGAAAAUACAGUGAUUGUAAAUGAUGCACAGACUUCAUGCACGCGAUUGAAAAUCAAAUGCACAAAAAUAAACCAGCCUCAUGACUAUGAUUUUGCACCAGCUGAAGAGACCUUAAAUACUUAUAAUCCCAUGCUCGCCCCAAAUUAUCCCAAUGCUCAUAAAAGAAUGUCCAAAUGCUCAUGUCGCUAUAAAGAUAUUGGUACAUUUGAAUCGUAUGAGGCCUCUUGUGAAACUGACUCAUCACGCUCUGAUAAUAAGAUUGUUAGUGAAUGCAACGUUGAGGAAACUGCUCUUAAUAAUUCUGAAUGUGUUAAAGGAGGUGUGAUUGGUGCCAGUAUCAACAUAGAUGAGAACAGUACUGAUGAAAGUGAUUUUGAUGAGGAAAGAGUUUCAGAUGAUUUAGAGUUUCAGUUUCCAAACAAGAGAGGACAUUGUCGUCAGCAUCUUCAUUUCUGGAAUUUUCUAAGUAGUUCGGGUGAUACCCAAAAAGGUUUAGAUCUUUCAAAUGAAAGAAUCAACUUGCUUGAAAUUCCAUCUGAUGAUGAUGAAUCUGUCUUGCAACGCUUACAGGAGUUGCAGGAUAAAAAUCCUUUUCAUAAUUCGGCUUGAAGAGUUUUCAGAAAUAUACAGAGGCAUUGGGUAGAACAGAAGAAAAAUCAUUGUUUCCGCCAUUCUUUACAUUUGCCAUCGUUACCAGACAAUCAGUACAUGAGUGGAGUUCAGUUAGAUCAACAAUCAUUAUUUGCAUCUUCUUCCACCUCUACCGGUCCUCUUUCUCUUUCCCAGAUAAUCUCAUCUCGUAAGAAGUGGGAAGGUAGUAACAGCAUCUGUUACUACCUCUCUGAUAUCAGGUACUCAACAAGGAUGCAUCAUCAACUAUACAGAUGUACCUACUUCUUCUUACUUAUUGGACCAACUUUCUCCUCAAACUUCAACGUCAAAUUCAUUUACUACUGCAAUAAUUAACCUCGACGAAAAGAACAAUGGUACUAUUAAUAACCAGCAGCAUUAGUGGCUAAAAAAGAGUGAUAUUGCGAUAUCAGGAGAUGAUUCUCGAAUAUCGAAUUCAGGUGCAACAAUCAAAAAUUGCAAUUUAUUGGUAUCGCAGUCUCACAAGCUUCUUCAAUACCAGAUGCCUAAUUGGGAGGUCUUACAAGACACACAAAAAGAGAAUACCCAAUUACUAAAAACUUCCUUAGAGAAAAUGCCGCUGCUCAACCAGAAUGCUUUCCAUUCUAAUUGCGAAACAAAUGAUGACACCAAAUGUAGUAGCUCAUCAUCAAAUUGUAAUGUCUGUAAAGUUGCAAUUUCAAGUACAAAGAAAUUUGCUUAUAUUUUAUUUUUUUACUACCUUACUGGGAGGUCUUACAGAACACUGCAAAAAGGGAAUACUCAAUUACACUUUUGUAUGGGAAAUAGUUUCUUUCAGAAAAGACAUUUAGUUUGUUAGUGUUAAUUUCACAAUUUUUCUUGCCAAACAUAAAUAAUUAAUACAUUUUUCACGUGGAUAAAUUGUCAAAGUACAACAACAAAUUAAUUACCAAAGUUUGGAAAAGAAACUCUCAUAGCUUGUUGCAUUAUUGUUCUUUGUAUAUUUGUUCUUUAUUUUAUUUUCUACAAGAUAAUGGGAAAAUACUUUAAUUACUUUCGUGCGGAUUUUGAAUAUGCAUAGCUGCAGCACAUACAAUUUCAAAUAUUUAAGAAUGCAUUUUAAAAUCAGUUGCAGUUUAGUGUUUUUUAAUUUAUAAAUAUAAUGAAUCAAUUGAUUUAAUUUUUUUAUUUUUUGACUCGAUAGAUUUUAUUUUGUGAAAUUAUUCGUUUUUGUAUCGUCUACUUAAUUAUAAAUAUUUCUCUGAGAAAUUUAGUUUCGGAUUUUAA